AUGGCCAACGCUCUUGAACCUUUCACCCACAUUGAUCCAGCCCUGCGAGUUUCUACCUUAAGCAGUCCCACAAAGCCGCGUGAUCCCCAGCUGGCCCAAAAUGGCGCUGCUGCCUAUUCUCCCCUCCAACCGUCUCCGAACACAUCAUAUCAAAGUAUCCAAACACCCAACUAUUAUCCAAACAACCCGCAGAACCAGGAAAGCCCAGAUGACCAGAGUCCAUCCGCGAACCCGGCCGACCCGAAUGACCUGAAGAGACCGCGCGCCUGUGAAGCUUGUCGACAGUUGAAGGUUAAGUGCGAGCUGGACGAGAACAGCCCUACCGGUUCCUGCAAAAGAUGCGCCAAAGCCAAUAGGCAGUGUAUUGUUACAGCCCCCAGCAGGAAAAGACAGAAGAAGACGGACAGCCGCGUAGCCGAAUUGGAAAAGAAAAUCGACGCUCUGACUGCUACUUUAGCCUCACGAGGAGGAGGAGGAGGUGGCCCUGAUGCAGACUUCACGGCCGACACAACCAUAGCGCAUCAGCCCCAUGCAGUGCGUCCGGGGCCGUAUGGCGGCCAGUGGCCUGGGCUACCACCACCCCCUCCGCCGCCGCCCCAACUGGGCCUUCAGUCGCCGCAGAACAUGCAUCAAGGUGUCAAGAGGAAGUCUACAGGCAACUACGACUAUGUCGGAGGAGACCUGCACAAAUCCUCAGAGCCUCUCUUCAGAUCUCCUGCGCCCGUUCCUCCCUAUCCGCCGAUCCAAGCAGAGACUUCGAGGCCGAAAUCAAGUUUUGACAAUGAGGCUUCGGCUGAUCCUGUAGAGCGCGGUCUCGUGGACGUCGUCACGGCCAGGAAAUGCUUCGAGCGUUACAUGGCAGAGAUGUGUGAGCAUCUACCAAUGGUCGUAUUUGCGCCCGGCACGACUGCUGAGCAGGUUCGCAAGACCAAACCUGUCUUAUUCUUGGCUGUGCUUGCUGUGGCGUCUGGCACCAUCCGACCGGACCUCCAGCAAAGACUAAUCACGGAAAUUACGAGGACGCUGGCGGAUCGGCUCAUCAACCGAGGGGAGAAGUCGCUGGAGCUCGUCCAGACACUUCAGGUGACAACAUGCUUUUAUCAGCCUCCAGAGAAGUACGAGGAGUUGAAUUUCAACCAACUUAUUCAUAUCGCCGCUGUUAUGGCCCUAGACCUCGGGAUGGGCAAACGAACCAAGCCUGGUGGUGGUCCUUCGUGGCGACCAUAUCCGGAGAACAAGAGACCUUUAACAGAACCCAACAGUGCCGAGACGCGGCGAGCCUGGCUGGGCUGUUACUUUAUGUGCUCAAAUUCCUCUAUGUCCCUGCGACGGCCAUUGUUGAUCCGGUGGAGUCCCUACGCCGAAGAGUGUAUAGAGAUCCUCAACUCGUCUCCCGAUGCACUUCCUUCAGACAAAUGGUUCUGCCAUCUGGUCCGGGCGCAGCACAUAGCAGAAGAAGUCGGCUUGGAGUUUUCCAUGGACGACCCGGCUUCUCUUCUCUCCCUGACUGAUCCCAAGACACAAUACCAUCUGAAGGCAUUCGAGCGUCAGUUAGCCGAAUGGCAUGAUGCAGCCACACCCGAAAUCCUGAAGAAGCCGGUAAUUCAGCAUACCGAAGGCAUUAUAAAUCUGUACAUGCACGAAAUUGCAAUGCACCACAAUCAUAAUGUGGAUGAUUUUCGGCCUCCUUUCAAUGCGACACCUAUUGAGGGUCCCCCGGAUCCUGACAAUGUGACUCCAGCUCACAUUGAGGCUCUGACGACUUGUAUCCACGCUGCACAUGCCGCCUUCGAUGCAUUCUUGACCAUGGAUACCAAGAUGGUCCGAGCUCUGCCAACGCUGUUCUUUGUCAGAAAUGCCUAUGCAGCGGUUGCUUUGAUCAAGAUGUACACGGCAGUAUCAGCUAAGGGCUCGAAAUUUGCGUCCAUCUUCAAAACCCAAGAUUUGAAAGUCGAGUACUAUCUCGAUCGGCUGAUUGAAGUCCUCACCAAGGCUGCCGAAGGAGGCGUUAGUAGGGUCGCCCACAAAUUCAGCCUCAUCUUCACCAUGCUGAAGAGUUGGCAUAUGAAACGCACUGAGCCUGCCAAUCAUGGCAGCAAUCCUGUUUCCAGACAACGCACGCCCGCCAGUAGAAACAACAUUUUGCCGACGUAUAAAUCCUUUCCUCCUCAGCAAGAUCCGAGUGGUCUUGGCUGGCACGUACAGAACCGAACUGCCUUGGAGCCUGGCGUUCAAGCGCAUCAACAACAACACCAGCAGCAGCAUCCACAGCAGCAGCAACAACAACAACAACAACCAAGGAGUGGCCUCCAGAUGCUCUCAGAAGCUGCAAUGGGUCCUGGACCGCCACCGUCGUCUGUGAUGACCCAACCACAACAAUGGAUUCAGCCCAUGAAUCCACCUCAGAUGUUGCCUGGCAUUGCAGAUAUGACGAUGCACGAACAGAAUAUGAUGCCUUACGGUAUAGCUGGCCAAGAUUUGGGUCCUAUGGAUUUUACCUCGGACGAACUUAUGGCAUACGGAUUUGGCGAUGAGUUUCUAGCCAUGAAUUUCGGGUUCGAACAGGGUAACUGGCCGAUAUGA